UGUAACAUAUUGGAUGCCAACCGACGUUAAGCCUCAUCGAAGAAAGAACUCUCAGCGGCCGUGUACACACUAUAUGCUGUCAGUGGUCAGGAUGAGUGUGAAGCAGUGUCUCGAGGGUCAGGUGUACUCUGUGCCUCUGAUCCAGUCAGACCUGAGGAGGGAGGAGGCUGUUCACCAGAUAGCAGAUGCCCUGCUCUACCUAGAGACCAUCUCUACUGACAUCUUUACCAGGGUGUCUGAGAGUGUAGAGCGGAAUCGCUGUCAGCUGCAGAGUGUGACAGAUCGGAUUAGGCUGGCCCAGGCCCGCGUCGACAAGAUCAAAGGCAGCAAGAAGGCCACCAAGGUGUUCUCCAGUGCUAAGUAUCCAGCUCCAGAUCGUCUCCAGGAUUACUCCUCCAUCUUCAGUGGAGCCACAGACCCCGCCUCCCAAACACGCCCCAGAUACCACAUACAGGCCAAACUACGACCCCUUGACGACAAGGACCUGCAGGAGAAGUUGUGUUAUUACCCGGUGUGUGUGAGCAGUAAGAAGCGUUCAGAGGAUGAGACCGAAGAGGGGCUGGGCGGUCUGCCUCGAAACAUCUCCUCUGUCAGCUCCCUGCUGCUGUUUAAUACUACAGAGAACCUGUAUAAGAAGUAUGUGUUCCUGGACCCCCUGGCGGGGGCGGUGAUUAAAACACACACCACUCUGGAGACAGAGAAGGAAGAGAAACCAUUUGACGCUCCGCUAUCCAUAACCAAGAGAGAACAGCUGGAGAGACAGACAGCAGAGAGCUACUUCUAUGUUCCAGACCUAGGUCAGGUCCCAGAGAUAGACGUUCCCUCCUACCUACCAGACUUGCCAGGCAUUGCUGACGACUUGUCCUACAGCCAAGACCUGGGGCCAGGCAUCGCACCCUCUGGACCAACACACACCUUCCCUGAACUACCGACCUUCACUGGGGAGGACAUGUCUGGUUCUCAGUUCCAAGUUGCAGUCCCGCCUCCUCCCCCUCCUCCCCCACCAGAGCCCACACACACCCCCGCCCCUCCCCCUGCUCCCCCUCCUCCACCUCCUCCCCCACCUCCACCUGCAGACAGCCCUGCUGAACCCAACCCUCCUAUAGCGGGGGCUCCCAGCGAGGUGGUUGAAUCAAACAGCCGGGCCAGUCUACUAGAGUCCAUCCGCAACGCUGGAGGCAUCGGCAAGGCCAAACUACGCAACAUCAAAGAACGCAAGAUGGAAAAGAAGAAACAGAAGGAACAGGAACAAGUGGUAGCAGCAGCCAGUGGAGGAGACUUCAUGUCAGAUCUCUUCAAUAAGUUGGCCAUGCGAAGGAAAGGUAUCUCUGGUAAGGGUCCUGGAGGCGGGGACUCUGGGGAGGGCUCAGCUGGUUCUGGCAGCGCAUUCGCUAGGAUGUCCGAUGUAAUCCCGCCUCUUCCUGCCCCCCAUCAGCCAACCGCUGAAGACGAGGACGACUGGGAGGCCUAACAACUGAGACUUGCCAGUCAGAACCAAUGGAACUCUGAGCACAUCUAGCUCUAAGCCAAUCAGAGAACAGAAUAUUGAGGCGAUUCUGAGGGAUGAAGCUAACGCUUGUUGAGGAGAGGGUGGGGUCAGUGGGUUGAGUUUCUUCCAGAUGAUAGACAAUGGUGGAAUUCCAGGUCGUAGCAUAACUUCAAUAAAGACCGGGAAUGCCACUGGUUUCUUUGCAGAUUAUAUGGUUAUUUGACGAUAGUGACAUGGUCCCUACGUAUGCAAUCAGCCGCAAUUCCAGUGCCUGCCAUGUAUUUGACCCAGGUGUGUUAUAUAGUUCAGUGACUCCCUCUGCUGGUUUUCUGUAGUUUUGAUCAACACACAGGAACCAUCAAGGACUGAUCUUUACUGAGAAAAUGAAAGGACAAACAACUACAGGAGAAAAGUCAGACCUCAUCUCAGCAUUGUAAAGAUGUUUAAUAAAGUAACAUGUAAAUAUUACAUCAUGUGUAACACCACACUAAAGUAGCAGAAUAUUUCAAUCAAAAUGUUAACACAUUUCAUUCAAUAAAUGGCUUUUUGCAUUUAAAAUAAAACUGUCAGUGGAGAGUUGACUGAUCUGUACUGCUGGAGAGGUGUGUGUGUGAGACAGACAGAGCCUAAACCUACAGUGCCUUCAGAAAGUAUUCACAUCCCUUGACUUUUCCCACCUGUUGUUACAAAGUGGGAUUAAAAUUGAUUUAAUUGUCA